AUGCUAGCUGGAACACCUGGAAUGCAUAUAAGCGAAACAAAGGUUCUAGCAGCCGCGAACUCGGUUAUCGACUUAGGUCUCGCGGAAGUUGGCUAUGAGUACAUCAACAUUGAUGAUUGCUGGUCUAAGACAACGCGCAACAUCACUACCCAGAAGAUUAUCCCUGACUCUACCAAGUUCCCGAACGGAAUCAGCAGUGUUGCUGACCAGGUUCACGCUCUUGGAUUGAAAAUUGGUAUAUAUGGCGACGCUGGAACUGCUACGUGUUCUGGCUUUCCAGGCUCCCUGGGUAUGGAGGCUAUUGACGCAGCAACUUUCAGCGAGUGGGGCAUCGAUUACUUGAAAUACGAUAACUGUAAUGUCCCAGGAAAUUGGAGUGACAGCUGGCAACCUGAAGGCAAUGAUUGGUAUAACUCAAAUACUGCUGUCAGAUAUCGUCAAAUGGGUGGUGCAUUAGCGCAGCAGUCUCGCCCGAUACAGUUUGCCUUGUGUAAUUGGGGAAAUGCCAAUGUAUGGGAUUGGGGAGCGCGUGUGGGACAUUCAUGGAGAAUGUCCGGUGAUUCUAGCGCCUCCUGGUCGUAUAUCACUUCAAUAAUCGCUACUAAUGCUGCUCAUUUGUCGUCAAUUGGUUUUUAUGCUCACAACGAUAUGGACAUGAUGGAGAUAGGAAAUGGAGCCCUCACCACUCAAGAGCAGCGCACUCACUUUGCGGCCUGGGCAUUUUUGAAAAGCCCUAUUAUCCUUGGUACAGACUUGAGCAAACUUGACGAUACUCAAGUGGCAUUGAUAAAGAGCGUAGAGCUUAUUGCUUUCCAUCAGGAUAUCACUAACGGCUCCUCGGCUUAUCCAUUCACAGCCUACACUGGAGCACCAACAACUUCGCCCCCCGAAUACUACUCUGGAACUUCGUCCGCAGGCGCGCACGUUUUCAUAAUCAAUACAUCUUCGAGUACAGCGACUAAAACGUUCACGUUUUCGAAUGUUCCGGAGCUAGGGCAGGCAGGGACAUGGAAGAUGCAUGAUAUGUGGUCGGGCACAGAUUUAUCCGGGACCUACUCAACAUCUUCGAGUUUCUCUGUUAAUGUACAGGCGCAUGAUACAGUAGCAUACCGUAUCACGGCCGCGUAACUAUUAGAUUUAGGAUUCUUUUACCCCUAGUGUAAACACGUGUUUUUUGAAUAUGCUCUGACGUAA